AUGGCCACGACAUACUGGCUUCAACGUAUCAAAGAAUAUCAUCUUCAGGUUGGAGAUAUCCCCUCUAAGCUAUUAUUUAAUCGACUUCGGCAAAAAAAGCAGCGCAAUUAUGUGUAUAUGUUAAGGAACCAGGAGGGGAACUGGGUUGAAAAUGGUCAGGAAAUAGCCUUAAUGAUACAACACCAUUUUAAGGCUUUAUAUCAACCAUCCACUACUACCACUUUGGAUAACUUGCUACAUGGUUCAGAGAUUGAUUUAGUACUUCGUGAGCUUGAUCUUCCAUGUCUUCAGGAGCCUGAUAAACAAAUGUUGCUCCAACACAUUUCGGACCAGGAGAUUCGUGAUGCGAUGUUUAGUAUUGCGAAUAAUAAAUCACCAGGCAUGGAUGGCUUUACCUCGGAGUUUUACAAGUUAUAUUGGGAUGACAUUGGACCCCUAGUUAUUCAGGCUGUGCAACGAUUCUUUUCAACUGGACAUCUUCUGAAGGAAUGGAAUAAAACUCUCCUAGUUCUCAUUCCGAAAGUCUCACCUCCGGAGGAGGUGUUAACUGCGUAUGGCUUCCCUGCACAUUGGAUCCACAUGAUUCAACAAUGUAUAUCAACUGUCACUUAUACAGUUCUCAGCAAUGGUAGUACUACUCCUAUGUUUCAGCCGAUUUGUGGUCUAAGACAGGGCGACCCUUUGUCCCCAUACCUCUUUUUAUUCUGCAUGGAGAUAUUGUCAAGAAUGACUACUCUUGCUACAGAUUUGCGGAAAUUUCAGGGCAUCAAAAUUGGUCAACAGGGGCCAACGUUAAGCCAUUUGUUUUUGCAGAUGAUGCUUUGUUUUUCUUCCGAGCUUCAGAAGGGGCUUGUAUUGCCCUCAACUCGAUCACCAACCGCUUCUGUAACAUCUCGGGAGCAACGUCUCGUCUACAAACAUCUUCUUCACUUGGAGGACAAACCUUCACUAGGGACAUACCUGGGUUCUCCUAUUGAUAUUCAAGAUUCUAAAACCCGACAUUUCAACCCUCUCUUGGACAAAGUGUCGGCUAAACUUGCUACCUGGAACCAUAGCGCACUAUCUCAACCUGCAAAACUCAUCAUCAUUAAUUCCAUCCUGGUAGCUUCGAUUAUGAACCAACUUGCUAUUUUUCAGAUUCCAGCGUCAAUCCUCCAUAAAUUGGAUGCUCUGUUGAUUCGUUUUUUCUGGCGCAACAUAGAACAUAAAGGGAUCCAUUGGAAGAGGAAAAAUAUUUUACAGCAACCUAAAGGUUCCGGGGGUCUUGGUAUUCGUAAUCUUGCUUGCUUUAAUCAGGCCUUACUUAUGAAGAAGGUAUGGCGUAUUGUCCAUAACCCCCAACUGCUACUCUCUAAGGUUUUCAAAGCUGCUCCCCUUUCCCAGUCUUGGAUACGUGCGACAAACCAUAAACUCUUUUGGGGGCGAAGAGGCCUCUUGGUGGCCAGUAAACACCUACAAGCUCACUGUGCGUGGAAAGUCGGUGAUGGCUUAACGAUCAAGGCAGCAACCCAUGCUUGGGUUAAUGGGCAUACUCCUACAUUCCGGGACUCGAUUACCCUGCGAGAAGCCAAGAACAUAACAGUGGCCAACCUAAUGUUCUGUGAUCAGCGGGUUUGGAAUGCAAGCAUGAUCAAUCACCUCUUUAUUCCACAAGAUGCACGCCUCAUUCAAGGUAUCGAGCUUCCUUCUCACUCACACAUGGAGGACAAAAUCUACUGGCCCAUAACUCGUACGGGGGAUUGCUCCACCAAAUCGGGGUACGGAAUUCUCCUUCAACACUAUCAACAAGAAACUUGCAGCAUGACAUCCACAGCGGCUACGAAAUUCUUUCGUCAGCUCUGGGGAUUGAACAUCAUGCCGAAAUGGAAGAUGUUUGUUUGGCGGUUGUGGCAUAACUGUUUAGCUACUUCCUCUAAUCUACGACAUCGUGGUAUAACCAGUUCCGGUUCAUGCCUCACUUGUUUACAUGAAGAUGAGGAUGCUCUCCAUAUAUUUCGUUACUGCCCUCUCGCUAUAGAGGCUUGGGACCUAGCUAACAUACACCUCCGGGUUCCUAUUCCUCAACUACUGUCCAUAUCUGCUUGGCUAGAAUUUUGGAUUGGCAACCUCAUUAUUGAAGAUGGCCAUAAUGGGAGUCGCCUACCUACGUUCCUCGGAACUUUGUGGGCCAUAUGGAAAACGAGGAAUCAUCAAAUUUUCAGGAAUGUCCGAGCCACGCUGCACAUUCUUUCAGCUUAUGUUAAAGAAAGUGACAGACAACAUCAACUUUUUAUGGGAACGGAUUCCUUUCCGCUGGACAUUCCACCGGCUCCGAAUGAAGUGGACCCACCUGGGUUCCUCUCUCAUAAUCUGGGUAUGGCUCAUCAUGGUAACCCAGAAAUUAUGAUUCAAUUGGACGGGUCCUGGGAUGCCAAGUUCGGUACUGGAGGCCUUGCUUGGGUAGUGCAUGUUAGUAACCAUUGUAUCUACCGGAAAGGUCUUUUCUUCUACGCGUUAUCUGCACUUCAUACAGAAGCACAAGCCUGCCUACAAGCUAUACGAUGGGCCAGAGAGAACCACUACCAGAACAUUUUACUCAACACGGAUUCGGUCUUACUGGUUCAAUAUCUACGAUCUACAAAGCAGGUGGACAUUACGAUUCAACACACGCUAGCAUCCAUCAAAGCUGAGGCUGCACAUCUCAAUUGGUGCUGUCUACUGAAGGUAAGCCGCCAACAGGUGCAAAUGGCUCACUCAAUAGCUACUACUUGUCGCCAUUUGAGGACUACCUUAGAUUAA